CUCCUCGGCUCCUCCAGCUGUUUGCUCGCGGCAGCGCUGCUGUGAUUCACAGCUGUAGGUCUUCAGUUCUCUCCACGGUCAGGGAUGAUGCUGACGGGUCAUGUCAAGAGAAGAGGCGAGUGGAACUUAAUUACUCUUGAACGAAACUUCUGCUGGACAAUAUACUAAAAGACUGAAGACAUUUAAAAGAAGACCUUGCUGCUCAAGAGUGUUCGUCUCAUCUUUCUAUUCGAAGCUGUUUGAUUCGUAGCUAAAAGUUGGCGGGUCAUAAAAUGUUUCCAGAGAGAGGAAGCUUGGCUUUUCUUAGUGUUUUGAUCGUGGCGCUGUCAUGUGAAGCGAGAGGUCCCCCAUCGGUGAGUCGUCCUGUAGAGAAUAGACAGACAGCAAAACUGGGCUGCACGGUUCGAAUUCCCUGCCCGGUGGAGGGUGACCCUCCUCCACUGGUCCUGUGGGUGAAGGAUGGACGUAAUGUGAAUCCAGGCUGGAGCCGCUACAAGGUCCUGAAGCGAAGUCUGAAGAUCAAAGAAGUGGAGCUGGAGGAUGCCGGAGUUUACAUCUGCCGCGUCACCAAUGGAUUUGGCAGCCUCGCCCUCAACUUCACACUCAUAGUAAUUGAUGAUGCAGCUGUGCCACAGAACCCGCCUCCUCCAGACGCAGCAGAGCCUAAUGCAGAUCUGAGCCUGCAGGAACCAACCAGAGAGCCGUGGGUGAAGCCGCGUUUCAGUCAGCCCACAAAGAUGCGCAGGCGAGUGCUGGAGCAGCCGGUCGGCAGCUCGGUGCGUCUCAAAUGUCUGGCCAGUGGAAACCCGACACCAGUCAUUACAUGGUGGAAAGACCAGAGCCUGCUGGACAAUCCUCAGCAGAGCAAACGGCCACAGUGGACACUGACACUGAAGAACCUGCAGCCGCAGGACAGCGCAAAAUACACCUGUCAUGUCUCCAAUGCAGCCGGACAUAUCAAUGCCACAUACAAAGUGGAUGUCAUUGAGCGCACAAACUCCAAACCCAUCCUGACCGGCACUCAUCCCGUCAACACGACUGUGGAGUUUGGAGGAACAGCCUCUUUCCAGUGUAAAGUCCACAGUGAUGUGAAACCAGUGAUCCAGUGGCUGAAGCGAGUUGAUCCGGGCUCAGAGGACCGCUAUAACUCCACGCUGGAAGUUGGAGGACAGCAUUAUGUGGUUUUACCCACUGGAGAUGUAUGGUCCAGGCCGGACGGGUCAUAUCUCAACAAGCUGGCCAUCGUGAAGGCCCGAGACGAGGAUGCCGGGAUGUAUAUCUGUCUGGGGGCAAAUACCAUGGGCUACAGCGUCCGCAGUGCCUACCUGACUGUUCUCUCUGAUCCCAAGGUGGAAAAGGAUGUGAUUCCCCGCCAUAUCAGUCCUGGUUUACCCUGGCCGCUGAUCAUUGGCAUCCCAGCUGCUGCCCUGCUGAUCGUGGGCACCAUCGUGCUCUGGUUGUGCCAUAGUCGAAGACGUCAGAGCGCUUUACCACCCCGACCAACGACCUACAGAGACCACCACAUAUCCGACAAAGAGCCCAGUUCACCAAACACCAUCAAACCUGACCUGCCCAGCCACAGACUAGCAACCGGGCCUGCAACUCUCAGUGGCCCGCCAAAGAUUUACACCAAAGUCUACACAGAUAUGCACACUCACACACACACACAUGCACACAUGGAGGGAAAAGUGCACCAGCAUUUCCAUUACCAGUGUUAAACGGUUGCCAUCAGGUGAUCGAUGCUGCUGCCUCUUGUUUUAUUGAGCUAAGGACCACAACCGUACUGUAGGACUGCAGGAAAAAUAAACCCGAUCGCAGUUCUGAUGGACCUCGAAAUGUCUCAGGUCAAAGAAAAGUGGACUUCGGGUUUUCCGGGUCUUUUAGAGUUCAAAAAUCAAAGCGUGCGCGAACAGUCCAAGAACAAUAGUCGAAGGUUUUUCGCUACUCCAAAGCCAAGCAUCACACAGGAAGACAAGUGUGGAGAUGUUUUAUAGAUAUAUAUUCAGAGAAACUGUGAUAUUUUUGUAUGGUGGGUCUGUUUACAAUGUGUUCCGGACAGCUAAUUUGCAAAAAUGUGGUGUUUUGUUUUGUUUUUUCGUUUGAUUUGAGGCGUGUGCUUGUGAAGAAAUUAUGCAAGGAAAUGUCAGGGAAGCUAGAUGGAUGACGAAAUGGAAAUGGGGUAAAGGUUUCUGUUGUAUUACCAUUAAAAGGUACUUUGUGUCUUUGUGUAUUCAGCUCAACUUUAUGAUAAUUGCAGUAUUAUGUAACGUACACUUUCUGUCUCAAUGCAAUCUUACUGUUUGUUAUUAAUUUUACAAUCCAGGACUGUUUUAUUUCAGUGUGGUUUAUAGAGUUGUAAACAAAGUUCCCUUACAAAAAAAGCUACCCGGGCUCAUUCUGAAUACGUACCCCUAUAUACAGUUCUGAAGAGAGCAAAAUACGUCACAGGAGCUACGUUUUUUCACAGUUUUUGUUUGUGCAAUCGAGGCCGCUGUGUAUGCUUUUUCAGAUCUCAAAUUUCUCUCUUGAGUGCCAUUCAUGCCUGCUCUUUUCACAUAAAUCCACCAGAUGCUGCUGUUGACUAACUCACUGAUUUACUUACCAACUGACCGAUACCACCUUCCCUAAACUCAACCAAUAGUAUUUUGAAAAGCACCUAUUGACCCGCUCACGCCCUUCCCUAAACCCAGGGCUUAAUUUGAGCCAGAACAAGCUGGAUCUGGAACCUCUGAAACAAUCUCGAACGAUUCCCCUCCACCACCCCAAUUCCGAUUGCGCCACCUCGCAACCACUAAACCAACCGACAGUGUUUUGAAAAGCAUUCCAGAAAAAGAAAAGCCCCCUAAUUUUUACCACGUUUUCAGAUUUUACCACAUUCUCACCCUGUUAUUUACUUGUGUAUUUUAUUUUUUGGCUUGUUUUUGUCUUACCUGCUUUCUGGAACCGUUCUUCACCGGACUCGAACUCCAUUAUUGUGGUCAACUCCGCUCUGACCUCCAGACAAACUGGUAACAGCGGUAAAGCCGUCCACAUAAAGGUAAGCGGUCAGCUGGUUACCAAAAAAAAUAACGGCCUCAUAUCACCCGUAGUGUUCGUUUGAAAGAUGAAAUGCAGCCAUACAUAACUCUGGAUACAUAAUUCGCAAUCUCCAAAAACGUAUAUUGGGCUACGUUUUCAGAAUGAGCCUAUGUUGCAAUCAAGAAGUAUGUCAUUGUAUACUGACAAGGGUACUGUUUCUGUACUAUUUAAGGCUAAACUGCCACAAUUUGUAGUUUAUAAAUCAUGUUUAAGAGUUCACGAUUAGCUAUUUUUCAGUUGAACUGUGUAGCCUUUACUAGGCUAGUAUAAUUUAUAAUUUAUUAAAUUAAAUAGCCUACAAAAGCAGACUGAAAGUCACACUUGGAUAAACUUCUUUUUUGUAAGGGAACACAGCAUUACUGUUGAUAAUAAUAUAUUUGAAAGAUUCCUUCAGCAGGUCUUCAGAAACCCCUCAUGAGCCGAUAUAUGAAAUCUAUAAAUGUGACAUGUUUAUCUGAGAUACUGCAUGCUGCAAUAUUUACUUUGGUGCUCAUGUAAGUGUACUUUAAUAAUAUUUUUAUAAGAAAUAAAUAAUUGUCUAUUUUCCCCCAG